AUGGGUGUACAGGCAUCUCUUUUGAAUGCUGAAUCCAAUUCCUUCAGCUCCAUUGAUUCUGCCAAGAGCCUCAGGUCCCUUUUCCUGCCCCUCUCCUGGCUGGGCUAUUCAGGUAAGGGUCAACAGCAGAGAGCCUGGAACUGGCAGUUGCCACCGGAGCUGUGGGCACGAUCACUUCGACAGCAGUUGAAUGCACAACUCCUCUUGGUCCUGGAAGAGAAGAAGGUAGGUGUUUCUCCUGAUGAGGUAAUAUCAGAUGCCCAAGAGUCUUGGCACUAUGUAUGUGGCCUUACCAGCAAAGGACAACACUGGGCUGGUCAGAAGAAACAGAGGCAAUUCUCGAAGGCAGUGACGGAUUCAGAGCAGCCUACGGUGCUGAAGCUCCUGCUAGCUGAGCUCCAAGGUCUCUUCUCAGCUGUGUUGCAGGACUGUAGCCCUGCAGCUUGGUGCUACCUGCAUGGGGUACUGGAACUGCUGCCUCCAUAUCGUGAGUUGCUAGUUGGUCACCUUGAUUUGUUACCCUUCUUGGAGCAGCUCUACUGCUGGGCACCCUGGGUGAAAGCCCAACUCCACCUGGACCUGUUAGAUGCCAUAACAAAGGCUUUUCCCCCAGACAGUUCUCUGUUAGAUAGUGCCUCCCAUGUUGACUGCCAUCCCCAGAAGAAGAUCCAUCAAAGGCUUCCAUGCUCAGCCUGUCCUUUUGUGCUGGCCCGAUGGGGUGGGCAGCAAGUAAAGGAGCAAUUGGCCACAUGGCUGCGACCAGUGACACUGCCUGAGUUACAGCACUGUCUAGGUAUUGUUGGUACUGAAGUGGCCCUAGAAGAGGCCAACUGGCUGGAUGGUCUUAGUCUUCUGCCUUUGGCACUGGCAACAGACAUUCCUGUACAGUAUGAAACUUGUGAUGCUGACAUCUCAGAGGAAGAGCCUGAUGGAAGAAGAGAGACUGAGUCUCAACUUGACUAUGAAGUUCCUGUGGAGAAGGCCUUACCAAAGAGAAGUACUGGCUUCUUACCUGAGACUUCCUUCUUGGGUAGCCAGGUGAUGACCAUUCUGAAUUCAGAGAAAUACUUGAAGAGCAUCCACUUCUUCUAUCUCAAUGUGGCUCCCAGUCGGUACUUUAUGCCCUACAAUCUGAUAAUGGUGCCACCAAACAAAGUGAAUCCUGAGCACUACAUCUUUUCUCCCUUUGGGAUUCUGCAUGUACAUCCUGUGGAGGGCAGUGAAACGAUGACAUUGGGUACCUGGCACCGCCACUCUGUUCUAUGGCAAAAACUUCAGUUCAUUCCAUUUUUUAAGAAUUUCCUCUUGCGCAAAGCUUUAACCUGUUGGAAGAAGAAUGUGAAGUUGCAGGGGCUGUGUCGGCUCCGGACUCUCCUGGGUAAUCAAUUGCUUUUGGCUAUACCCCACUUUGGAGCUGGGCUGCUUCAUAUUAACAGGCUUCUGCAGGAGUUCCAUUCUGUGUCCUGGCUACCCCAGGAGCCAGAUCGAUGUUAUGAACUCCAAGAUCUGCAGAAGGCUCUAGCCAAGGAGAACUACAAGGCUCUACGGUUACUCAAUCACUUUCUGAAGCUCUGUACAUCUAUUCUUAAACUGGUUCAUGAGGAUACAUACUACAUGCAACAGAAGCUGCAGGAAUAUGUGCAAAACUGCAACAAAACAGGUCAAGGCUCCAUAUGCACUCAGAGGGUACAGUGCCAGAAGCUAAAGCAGAAGCUGAAGCAAGCAGAGACAUGGUUACUGCAACUAGGAAAGUUGGCCCGCCUGAUCAACUACAUGAUUUGUCAGAGCCUUGUUUCAAUCUUAGAAGAUGAAAUAACCUCUUUUGUCGCCAACAUCCUACAAGCUCCAAGGCAAAAACCCUUUCUCGUAUCACAGUUGGUCUUCAGUGAUGAUUGUGGCCAGCUAUCACAAGUGCCCUGUAUUGAAAAUAUGAUCCAGAUUGUAACUGGCGGCCUACAGUCUAUCAAGAACUCUGCUCUGCAGGUAAUGCAGUCUGCAGACCUGAAGACCUCCAGGGAUCUCCUGUAUUCUGAAGAUGAUGAAGUCGAAGAGGAAGACUCAAACAUAGAAUUCCUGAAGCCCAAGUUCCUGGGUCAACCCAGCAAUGCUGUUCGUAUAUUCUGUGGCCCUAGAAUAGGAUUGGUAAAACCUUGGAAGUCUCAGCCAAUUGCGGAUCUCCUGGAGGUCCAUGGGCACAGGCUACGGGGCCAGUACUUGCCCCCCAAUUAUAAUCAGCUACAGGAAGACUUAGACAACAACCUUCGAAUCCACCAGGCAUUAAAUAUACAACAUGCACUGAUGGAGGACAUGCAGUGGGAGGUGCAAGAUUUCUGCAGGGAACAUCACUGGAUAACAGAUAUUUAUAAAUUCCUGAAAUCCUGGGGGCCCCAGAAGCUGGAAGACAUGAGAGGCUGUCCCAUCAAGAACUACAUACAGCUGGUGAGCUCCCUGAAUGAUUGGCAGACCCGUGUCUCCAAUAUGCCUAUUGAGUUGCUGACAAGAGGAAAGUUGCUGCUGCUUAGCUGCCACAAUAUGAAGGCAGAGCUGGAAUCCAAGCUGGGCAGCACGAGGAAGGAUAUUCUUGCACAGGUUCAGAAUGAAAGCCGGAUCCGAAGUCAGAAACUAAUGACAGAGCUCGCAGAUUUCGUGCAAGUGUUCCAAAUCAUCAACUCAGACAUUCAUGCCAUUGCCCGGUGCUGCCAGAAGUUGAAUGAAGCCAAUGAACAGUACAUCCAGCUGGAGGAGAGAAUGGAAUAUAUCCAGUCACUCCUGGAACUCAUCCGCAACCAUUUUAGCUUCUAUAGUGCUGAGAAUGAGAAAUUGGACAUCUCGCUUCUGGAUAUGUGGGAGGCAUUUCAGUUUGAGAGAAGCCAGGCCUCAGAGAUCCUGCUCAGCAAGCAACAUGCCAUUGUGCCCAAGCUACAGCAGCUGAUGGCAGCAGCAUUGGCAGAGUUAGAAGGUCUGCUGCAGAAAGCCCUGUCUGGUCCCUUCAUGGACCCUGAACAAGAGCAAAGGAGCAUUGAGAACCAGCUUAUUGCUUUGGAGCAUCAGUACCAGGACACAGUCAUCCGCCUCAAUGAACUACACCAUGCCUAUGUGACCUUCACUGGAGAUGACAGUCCAGUGCCUCUGCCAAUCUGUGGGACUCGUCCUAUCAUACUGCAGCAACGCAUAUGGCAUCUGUACCGAGUGAUCUCUGAAAACAUCAGUGAAUGGAAGUGCAUGGCUUUUGACAAGUUCAACCUGUCUAUGGCCCGGGAAAAGACAAAUAGCUGGCUGACAGAGGCAGCACGGAUUAGCACCACCCUGGGACUGCACAGUCCAGUGCUGCAACGCUGCAUGCGCAUGCUGGAAGAGUUCCGUAGCUAUCUGCCCUUGCUUACCAAACUGGGCAGUUUGCAGCUGCAGAACCCUAACUACCAAUCCCUCCUGAGAGCUUUAGGGCUGAACAUUCACAAUGUGGAACUCCUAACACUGCGCCAGCUGCUCGCUUGUCCGCUGCUGGAGUUUGCAGAUCGAAUCAACCAGGUCUGGCAGUGUGAGAAUGAACGAAUUCAUGCACAAGAGAGCCUGAAACAGCUGCAGAAGUACUGGGAAACGUGCCAUUUACGCCUGCUCAACUUUAUCCUGCAUGUACCCUAUGAGCCCCCAGCCUCAGAGCACUCUAAGAGGCAGGCCCUCCGCAGCCCCCAGUGGGAAAUAGUGGGCAAGGACAGUGGCACCUUCAUUCUUUCAGACUACAGUAGCUUACAAGAUUCUAUACAUGGAAGUCUUCAGACGUUGUUUAAGAUACUGGCCAUCCAAAAGUCAGGAGACUUACACAAAGUAGCUUUGGAGUGGGUGACCAUCAUGAAUAGUCUGAGUGCCCUGCUAGAGGUGUGGGUGAUGUUCCAGCAGAAGUGGAUUUUUAUAAACAAAGUUCUACAUGAAAUGAAGAUCCAAUUUCCCAGUGCUGAUCUGAAUGUUCGUUUCAAGGUCAUGGAUGAUCAGUAUCGGACCCUGAUGCGCAUCUCUAUAGCUGACCCCAUGGUUCUGUCACUUAUAAUGCCCAGUGCCAAAAGGAGCCCUUAUUUCCAAGGCCAGCAUCUACAACAAAUGCUGCAAGCAGGAUCAGUGGAGCUGGAGAGCAUCAUCAUGGCUCUAGAGAGUGUGCUCUAUGGUGUAUGUGCCCAAUUCCCCCGCCUUUUCUUCCUUAGUGAUAGUGAACUUGUGGCCUUGCUAGCUGCCCCUCUAGAGUCAUGUGAAGCCCAGUUGUGGGUCAAACGCUGCUUUUCUCAUGUGCGUGCUGUGAACUUCCAGUCCAUCCCCCAAAAUAAUGAGAAAAACAUGGAUGACCAGGAGUCAAGUCCAAACAGACAAACUCAGGUAGAGACACUGGCUGUUCUAGGGGAAGGUGGGGAGGAAGUGAAGCUGCAGCAGCCCCUUCUUCUGCAUCCAGAUCUCCCCAAGUGGCUGGCCUCUUUGGAGAAGUGUCUGCGUUUGAUACUAGUGCACAAACUGCAGGAUUGUGUGGCUGCCCGCCUUACUCUUGUUAAAGGUGAGGCCUUUAACAAGCUGCCUCAGCAAAACCAGUUGGCCCUGCAACUAAAUGUCCAACACUGGCUAGAUUUAAUCCAGGCCUUCCCAUGGCAAUGUAUACUGAUAGCAGAAGAAGUGGUGUGGCGAGCUGAGAUGGAGGAGGCUGUGCUUGAGUGGGGGACCCUAGCCAUGACUUCCAGGCAUAUAGGCAAGCUAGAGGUACUGGUGCAAUUUAUACGAGCCCAGAGGAGCUCCAAGGGUGGACAGCCUCUGCCCUCUGUCCGCCAAGCCAGCCUGUUUAGUGCUCUACUGGUUAUGGCAGUAACUCACCGGGAUAUAGCACAACUGCUAGAGAAGCAUCACGUCAGUGAUCUGACAGACUUUCAUUGGGCCCGCCAAAUCAAGUAUCACCUGGGUUCACCUCAUUUGAUCCCCAAAAGUCCCCUGCAGAGUCUUAUGACUACUAUAUCUAAGGAAUCCUCUCUGACACCAGCUGCAUGCUGGAUAGAUGUGCUGGGCCGGUCCUUCCUAUACAAUUAUGAGUACUUUGGUCCCAGACUGAGGCCACUACCCAGCCUGCUGCCUGAGAGGCCAGUGCUGGUUCUAUUAUUGGCCCUGGAGGAGGUGGCUUGUGGGACUCUACUGGGCCCUGAUGGUGUGGGUAAGACAGGGUUGGUGAAUAGCCUGGCACAGGCUCUUGGCCGCCAGCUGGUAAUGAUGCCCUGCUUGCCUCAGACAGAAGUCCGAUGCCUGAGCAACUACUUGAAUGGUGCCCUGCAGGGUGGUGCCUGGCUGCUAUUGGAGGCAGUUCACCACUUGCCUCCUGGCUUGCUGUCUGCCCUGGGCCAGCGCCUGGCUGAACUGCAAUACCUCUGUGCCCCACUGUACCAGGAGGCUUCCCAAAGCACCAGCACCAUAGAUCCCACUAAGCCUCAGCUUCUUGGCACUGGCUUCUUUGAGAAACAUCAUGUGUCUGUAUGCUUCGGCUACGGCUGUCUCCUGACACUGCGUGCCCUGAGCCCUGUUGUACCUGCCAACCUGCACCUGCUACUGAGGCCUGUGGCACUAGCACUGCCUGACCUACAGCGAGUAGCAGAGCUGACCCUGCUGGGUGCAGGUGUGCGUAAUGCCUCACUCAUGGCUACUCGCCUAUCCAAAUUCUUCUCCUUAGAGCGUGAGCUGGUGUCUGGGCAUCUGCCCUGCCGCUUGCCACUGCUCAAACAGAUACUAGAAGAUACAAUACAGACACUAAAUGAGACCAAUAAGGAGGAAGUUAACUUCCAGCAUUCCAGCAGCCAAGUAGCCAUGGAAGAAGCUGCCCUACUGCGUGCCCUGCUACACUCACCACUGUUCAGCAUCCUUGAUGGGCCCCACUUACACAACCUCCAAGAGCUGCUCAGUGGCAUUUUCCCUAGUGCUAGCCAAGUGUUAGCAGAGCCUAUGGUCCACAGGCUGAUGAAGCCAUUGGUGGUGGAGGAACUGCGGCAGGUAGGACUGUAUCCAGGCUCUGACAUUUUGGGGUCUCUGGAGCAGCUGAGUCAGGCCCUGAGCCGGGCCUCAGGCAUUCUCCUCCUGGGCCCUGCAGGCAGUGGAAAAACUGCUUGUUGGAACAGCUUAUUUAAGAUCCAGAAUCGGCUGGCAGCUAUGGAGAAUACCUCAACUCAAGGCUGCCAACCUGUAGAAAUUACUCACCUCUACCCCAGUGUUCUAAGUUCCCAGGAGUUUCUAGGAAACCUAGAGGGCCCCUGCUGGCACCAUGGUGUCUUUCCCAGGCUGCUUCGUGCCCAACCUCGUUGUAAUAGCAUGGGCCCAAAGAAGCAGGGAGAGGAAUUGAUGGGGAUGCAGCACUGGAUAGUAUGUGAUGGGGCCUCUAGUGCUGCUUGGCUGGACUCCGUUACUUGCCUCCUGAGUGACUCUUCCCAGCUUAGCCUCCCCAACGGUCAACAGAUAGCACGACCCCCAGGUACGUUUCUCUUGAUGGAGAUAGCAGAUGCAAAAGGCAUGUCCCCAACAGUGGUGGGCCAUUGUGCUCUAGUCUGGUGUGGUGGGGAGCAGACUUGGCAGUGUAUGCUUAGCAUCUUGAUGACAGCCCUGCCCCAUGAAUAUCGCUUGCAGUCCCAGACAAUCACUGAGCUCAACCACCUGGCUGAAGUUCUAGUGCCUGCAACAUUCAGAUUUCUUACCCGCAAGCAUGCCAGUUCUCUAUUGCAGGUACAUGGGCAGCAGGCUGUUUGCCCAGGUGUGGCAGAAGUCACCAGCCUGGCACGUAUCUUGCGUGGUCUGCUUGACCCCCACCUGCGCCUAGAUGAGGAAAAGAAGGCACAUUCAGAAGACCUCAGCUCUAGUGAUCCUGUGGCCCAACACUUAAGGUCUUCAAAAAGUGGCUCUCUGAACCAGUCCCAGGCUGACAGUGAUGAUAUGACAAAUAAGCACCGGGAGCACUUGCUGGUUGUCAGUAGCUUCCUUUUUGCCCUGAUUUGGGGCUUUGGAGCCCACCUCCAUUCCAGACUUUGGCCCCUCUUUGAUACCUUCAUGAGGAGUUCUAUUAGUUGCAUCUCCAACUACCCUGAACCACCACAAUCAGCCUCAGUGUUUGAUCUACAUGUAAACACCGAAGAUGGGACACUGGUCCCCUUCAAUGGCCAGUACCUGAGCAGUCGUGUCAAGGGAACUCUGGGCACCUUCUACCCAUCUACCCAGACUGAAAGGCUCUUAUAUGUGGUGGACCUGCUUUUGUCAAGGGGACAACCAGUGCUCCUUGCUGGAGAGGCAGCAACAGGAAAGUCAGCCUUUCUGGAGGCGCUUGUGGAGCCAAAUCACUCUUACAUAUCUAGUAACAUCCACCCUGCCUUCAGUUCUGCUCACCUUCGCCUCCUGCUGAGCAGAGGGAUCCAGGGACAAGCACAAGCUAGUCCAUGGCCCGGGCGUCAACCUGAUAAUAAAAGCUCUCUCCUCUUCCUGCUGGAGGAUCUGCACCUGGCCACUUCUGACCCAGAAAAGAGCUGCCAGCCAGUACUGGAGACUCUGCGUCAGGCCAUGGAUGGCACUGUGUAUGCCCACAGCACCUUGGAAUUGCAGACACUGCAGCCUAUAGUCAACUUCCUUGUCACUGCCACAGUGCCAGGAUGCUGUGAGCGCCCACUCUGCCCACGCCUCUUUCGUCUCUUCACAGUUCUGGCCCUAGAGAGCAUGACCCAGGCUACCAUGCUGAGCAGACAUGUGCCUAGCCUCCAAGCCUGGCUCGAGCGCUUCCCCUUUGUGGAGAGAGAGAGUGUUCUGGCAAGAGCCCUGGUCCGGGCCUCAGUAGAGGCCUGGGAGGCUAUGUGUAACUCCUUCAUGCCUUCACCCCUCCACCCACACUACCACUUCUCUCUGCAUUCUGUGAGCCAACUUUUGGGAAGCCUGCAGCUAUUGCCUACCAGAAUAGGCUCACGGGGUUUCGUAGAUUUUCCCAACCACCAGGAGCACUUGCGCCUUGUAUCAGGCUUGCGUGGCACUCGCCUAACUACUAUGAUGGCUAUGCGGAGCAUGGUGCGUCUUUGGUUACAUGAGGCACAGAGAACUUUUUGUGACCGGUUGAACAGCCCUAAGGAACGCUCUUUCUGUGCCAAGCUGCUCCUAGAAGUAGCUCAGAAUGUUUUCUGUGGUGGGCCAGGGCCCCAGUACUUGGACAAGGACCAUGAGGAGGAGGAGGAGGAGAGGGUACCUGAAGUGGAAUCUGAAGGGGAGUUGGCCCAGUGGGAGGACUUAAGCAAUAGUAAUAGUGAAACAGAUGAGGAAGAGGAUCCCUAUGGCCUUCAAGCCACAGCAGGCUUACAUUCCAGGGAACCAAGUCUAGCACCAUCCAUAAGGCCAGUACAAAGGGAGAUUAUAGAAAGCACAAGUCACAAGAUACAGCAGGAGGAAAGCAAAAGGGCUUCUCACAAUGAGUUCCAGUCAAAGAAAUCCAAGAGUUUGUUGCAGAAAUCACCCCAGAUAGACCUGAUUUCACCCCUGUUGUUACCGGUAUUACUACUGUGUCCCCAGGAAAAGCCCUCAGAUCUGGUCUUCAGUCAGGAGUUGAUACUGGGAUCCAACUCUGAGAGCCCCAACUUAUACCUGGAACGGCAGUGGGAGAGCCUGGAAAAACAGUUGUCCACCUCAGCUGCUCAGCUGGGGCUGAGCCCCCACCUUGCCUGGUGCCACUCCAUGGCCCAGCAUGUGGCCCGCCUGGUCCGAGUUCUGGCCAAGCCCAGGCAGCAUGGCCUAUUGCUCUCAGGAACUCUGGGUACUGGGCGCUGUACUGCCAUCACUCUGGCCUCUAGCAUUUGUCAGGCCCGCCUCUUCCAUCUGCCAUCUAGUUCAGAGGAGGACAUUCUCCAGUGUUUGAGAGAUGCCAGCUGGCAUGCUGGCAUUUUAAACCAGCCAGUGGUCUUACUGGUACCCAAGAGUGUGGAUCUCGCUACCCUCCAUCACCUAGUAGCCCUGGCAACCUCAGGCAGUUUCCCUGACCAGUACACAGAGGCAGAUCUGGACAACAUUGAAGAACAUGUACCAAUGGAGAACCUUGAUAUCAAAAACAACACUAAGAAGGAAGUGGCAUUGCAGUGGUUCUACCAGCAAGUGUGUAGCCACCUGCACAUGUUUUUCCUGAUGGGAGAUUACCAGGCCCACAAGCAGCUGCCCUCCACCCUUUACCUGAGGCUCGUUCAACUAGCCACUGCCAGCAUUGACUACUAUGAACCCUGGGACCAAGCUUCCUUAGUCAGGGUAGCCCAGCACCAUCUGGAGGGUGCUCAGAGUCUACCCCUUGAUGAUGACUGCUUGAAGUACCCAGAUCUCCAGGCCUCUAUUUCCAGUGUGGCCAAAGCCAUGGCCCUCAUCCACCUUUCGGCUGCCUACUACCAUGAGCACCUGUGCCCUGCAUUGCCACUUGUGACCCCCAAGACUUUCCUAGACCUUCUGGACACCUUCAUGCUGCUGCGGCGACAGAUGACCCUUAAGUUAAAGAAUAGGGCCCAGCGAAUCUAUAAUGCCCUAGAGAAUCUGAAAAAGCUGAUUGAGCAGCACAGUACCCCCAACAACCUGGUCUACAUUUUGGAACAGCAGCUAAAAGGCUCUCAGCAGAGCCUCAUCAAAUUUCGGCAGCAGCUAGAGCAAAGCAAGCUCCUGUACAAGCGGCAGAUAGCAGAGUGUCGUCAUCAGGAGCACCUAAUUGAGAACCUAGCCAAGCAGCGAGAUUCCCUGCAGUCUCAGUAUCAGGCUUUCCUGGAGAAGAUGGGCAAGGCAUUUCUGGGUCCUCUGAGUCAGCUGCAGGUGGCUGACUUUGAGGAGAUAAGGAGCUAUCGAGCACCACCAGAAUCUGUAAUCCGGGUGACUGAUGCAUUGUGUGAACUGUUCCACCAUGAAACAGGCUGGACCAAUGCCAAGCAACUUUUAUGCACUGAAGAUUUUUAUCAGGAGCUGGUAUUCUUCCCCAAGGAGAAGAUGAAAGACUCGGAGCUGAUAAAAUUAGAACAAACUCUGAAGGAUCCAGGCAUGAGUGAUGCAGCUCUGAGGGCAGUAAGCAUACCCACAGCAAACCUGGCCAUCUGGCUCCGGGCUAUUCUGCGUUAUGGACUGGCACAGCGCCGGGGUGUGCCCACGGGCCUGCUGCUGAGGCAGGUGGAGGCAACACUGGCUCGGGAGCAGGCCCGCUUAGGCCAAUUCCAGUUUCAAGCCCAGGACAUGCUGGAGAAUAUUUUGGCCCUGACUAAGAAGCUAGAGGAUGCCCAGAUUUCCCACAGCCAUGUGGUACAGACUCUCAAUCAGGCACAAUGUGGCCAGUAUCACAAAUGGCCCAUAAAGUCUACACUGCUCACACCCAUGAACAAAUGGUGUGCACAGCUCCAGAAGUUGAGGGGACACUGCAAGACUAUGUUUGGAGAUGCCCUCCUGUGUUCUGCUGCCAUCACCUAUUUAGGUCCCUUCCCACCUCUCCGUCGCCAAGAGCUACUGGACAAGUGGCUGGCUCUGUGUAGGGGCUAUCAGGAGACCCUGGGUCCAGACGAUGUGGCACAGGCACUGAAGCAGAAGCAGAAAUCUGUCAUCAUGCCUCAAAAAAAACCCCUGUUGCCCACAUGCUCUCCCUUCAGUAUUCUGUCACUGCUAAGCUGUGAAUCUGAACAGUAUCAGUGGGACCGAGACCUGAAGCCCCAGGCAAAGUCGGCCCGCUUGGCAGGCCUGCUUCUGGGGAGCUCCACUCACUACUAUAGUUGCCGUUGGCCUCUGCUGCUUGACCCCAGCAAUGAGGCACUCAUCUGGUUGAACCCACUGCCUCUGGAAGAUAAAAGAUGCUUGGCACAAGCCCCCACUAAGCGCAGAGGGAAGAGUCUAAUGACAAGUCAAGAGAGAGAGAAUAAAAAUGAGUGUGUAGAAGAAGAUGAUGAUUGUGACGAGAGGAAUAAGGCUAAAGACCAAACAGAAGAGCAGAAGGCAGAAGAAAGUGAAAAUGAAGAACAGGAGAAAGAGCAAGAGCAAGGGGAGAAAGAAGAAGAAGAGAAAAAGAACAAGGCAGAGAAACACGAGUCCAGCCUAGCCUCGGAAACUCAGUCUUCACCUCGUCUCUGCUUUAAUGUGCUCUCAGGUGCUGACCCAGAGUUGGGUCGUCAGCUUUUGGAGGCAGCUGCCAGUGGCCUGCCUGUGCUUCUGACCAACAUGGAGCUGGGCCUAUGGUGCCAAGAACUACAAUGGCUGCUUCAGCGGGAGAAGCUGAGUCUACCCAAGGUGCAGCCUGGCUUCUGUCUCUAUCUGAGCACUACCCUCCCACUCUGUGCCUUGGAAAAAGCGCUAGGUUAUGAACUGCUAAAGGGGCUGAAUGUCCUGGAUUUGUCCCUGAACAUGGAAAUACUAGAAGAACAGAUGCUGCAUGAAAUCUUGUGCAGGGAGCAUCCUGAGCUUGAGGCCCGCUGGCAGGACAUAAAAAUCAGAGCCCUGGAUGCCUGUGAAGAUGUGGAGGCUGCUGAGGAGCGGUUGCUGACGAUGAUGCUGAUGCAGAAACAAACCCCUCAGAAACCAGCUAAGUUUCUGCGGGAUAUGGUGAGGUCCCAGGCAGAGAUAUGUCAACUGCGUGCUCAUUGUGAGGAGCUAGAAGGACAAAAACUGAAGGAGAUGGAAUUGUGGGUAUCCUACCAGCAUGUAGUUAGACAUGGAAUGGCCUUAGUGAAUGCCCUAAGCCCACUGCAGAACUUGCUCCCGUUUUUCCGGAUGAAACCAAAGGACUGGCUGGUGGUCACAAAGAAAGCUCUAGACAGCAUGAAGCCACAUGAUAUAAAGCAUGGGGAGGACCUGGCCAGCCAUCUACUGCAGAUAAAAAUACACCUGACCCACCAGCUGCUGGGCAGCACUGUGGCUUCACUAGGCCUGACCCAAGUACCUUUGGUGGGUACCUUGGGUGCUUUGGCUCUGCUGCAUGUGACAAGGAAGGCAUCAAAGCUAGAAAGCUUGGCACUCUGGCCUGGACUGGCAACCUCUGCCAGCACUGAAUACAGUAAGCCAGACCCAGGUGUGGUUCGGCCAGCCUGGCUAGGGCCAAGAGCCUGGCAAGAAUGUGGGAUGUUGGAGCUGCUGCCUCCAUUUGUUGGGCUGCGUGCAUCCCUAGCAGGCCACUCCAAUAUUUGGCAGGAAUACCUGUCACUAUCAUCCACAGUGCUGGGUCCUGCACCUGGGCCAGGUCCUGAGCCACUCAGCCUCAUCCAGAAGCUGAUCCUGUGGCGUGUGCUGCGACCUGACUGCCUGGCAGGUGCUUUAGCAGACUUCACCACCAGCCUCCUGGGGAGGCCCCUGGAUGAAAAUCUGGCUGCUCACACCAUGCCCCUUGAACAGAGUCAGGCUACUCAGCCCAUACUGAUCUUAUUGCCUUCGACUGGCCACCCCACAGCCAUCCUGCAUCCUCUGACUGUCAUCCAGAAAUUGGCUGCUGAGCAUGAACAGGGGCAGAAACACCUGCAAGUGAUAGCCCUGGGCUCUGAAGUUUGGGACCCAGUCUCAAUUGUGGUCAACACUCUAUGCCAAGCCAUGUUGGAGGGGUACUGGCUGGUGCUGGAUAACUGUCAUCUGGUGCCCCACUGGCCAAGAGAGCUGAUCCAACUCUUGCUGCAGCUGAUAGGCAGAGCCAAAGUAGUUUCAGAGAUGGAAUUGGAACUGCUUUCAACCCAACCUGAAAGAAGGAAUGUGGUUACUGUCCACAAAGAUUUCCGUCUUUGGCUUAUUGUUUCUGCAGAGGCUACUGCUUCCUUGCCAGCUGUGCUGACUCAACACUGCAUGCCUGUUUUCUGGGACCAGUCCCUGGAAUUGGGCCGCAUCUUGAUUGACAGUAUGGAGUUAGCACAGCAAGGACUCUACAUGCAACCUUUUGACCAGGCACUAUCUCUGCUCCUCCUACAUGGCCUCCUGCUACACCGACAGCUCUAUGGAAUGAAGUUGCAGGCACACAGGGGGCUCUGGAGUCCAGUGACUCUGAUAAAGGCCCUUAAGACCCAAGAGCAGUUGUGGACCAGUCUCAGCAAUCCCAGUACUGCCAUGCAAGAGCUCACUGCUUCAGUUUUCUAUGGGGGACCUCUGAGGGACACUAAGGACAGAGAGGUCUUAAUUAGCCUCACAGAAGCCUGCCUGAGCUUCAGCAGCAAGAAUUGGGUCCAACCACACAUACCUCAGUAUCUGCUGGCCACUGUGAUGCCCAGCUCAGAACUAGAGAAGCUAGAUGCUAUUGCAGAGUGCAAGGCCCAGAUGCACCUACUGCUCAUACCGUCGGACCCUCGGAUCUGUGGAUUAAGUGAGGGCCCCCAGGCAUGGUUGGUGCGCCGCAAGAGUCAUGCUAUCCUGAGGGCCCUGCAGCAUAGUUUACCCUGGUGGGUUCCUAACACUCAAGGAUGCCCUUGGCGUGCAGAAAGGCGGUUGCUUCAACGCCUAGUGCAAGCCAAACGCAGGCUGGAGUCAUUGCAAGCCUUACUGACCGACCACACUGGCCCAGGGAAGUCUCCCCUAAGGGCAGUGCUGGGGCGAAAGGCUCGGCCUCCAGUGGAAGGCUUCCUAGAGAAUGAAGUGAUGGAACUGAGUCAAUUGGUGGGCAUUUUACAAAAUGACCUUGACUGCCUAUUGGAGCAGCUAAAGGGCAAACCCCCUUGCACCUCCUACCGCUGUGCUGCGGUGGCCCAAGCUCUCUGGACUGGCCGCUUACCCCAACCUUGGCGACCCCACGCACCCGCUGGUCAGCAGCCACCCUGGCAAUGGCUGCGACAGCAGUCACGUCGUGGACAGCUAUUAAUUCGCUACCUGGAUGCAGGCAGAGAUGCAGACACAGACACUAGAGUACCAGGGCGCAUCUUUCAUCUGUCAGCCUUUAGCCACCCACGCCGCCUGCUGCUAGCACUGCGUUGGGAGGCUGUCCUGCAGCAGCAGGUGCCCAGCUCGAAUCUUUCCGGCAGCCAAGGCCCCGGUCAUCUCUCACGUAAACGUCAGAAGCUGAACAACAACCCUCUGUGCCUCCGGGUGGAGAAUGGCCCAAAUCCCAAGGUUCCACAGACAGGCCUACUACUGAUUGGGCUACAGCUCCUGCAUGCCGAGUGGGACCCAAUAGAUGGGGCUCUGCAGGACAGUUCUUCCAGCCAGCCCAGCCUUCUGCCUCCUGUCAGCGUCACUGCACAGGCUGGGUACAUCAAUGACCUGCCAGUCCCAGCUGGCCUGGCUGUGUACUCCUGCCCUGUGUACAUGGCCGGGCCCCUUGGUUCCACUAAGCUACACAGCAGGAACAUCCUGAUGCACCUGCCCUUACCCACGAAACUCAGCCUUGCUACCUGUAUCCAACGGAGAGUCCAUGUGUGCAGCCCACCCUUGACUUGAGCCCUCCACCAAAAUAAAGCUACAGUAAUUACAUGAAUGAUUUCCAGGACUUGGAAAGAUAGUGAUGUAUACACAGAAGGUAAAAUGUUACACACUGAGAGAAAAAUACAGUGUGUACAAUUGAAGCUAUGGAGGAGGCAUUGUGUGGCAAUAGGGGAGAGGAGAGUGGUAGGCACACUCUGAAGAGAGAGGCCAGGUGAUAGUCAUGUAUCUGAGGAGUUAGACAAAUCUGGCAACUGCUAAAACACAGAACCCUUGUCUGGGUAGCUCUCUGCUGUGGUCUCAGCUAAAUUCCCAAGGGAUAUUUUUGAAGGGAGAAUAUUAAAACUCAAAAUCCUUUUUAAUGGCAUUUAGUGGUAUUAUUGGGAAUGCCCCAGUCCUACCCUACCAUCCACACCACAUCACCCACAAAGGAUUCUCUGAGUGAAUUAUACACAUGAAAAACAAAAGCCAAAUAAAAUACAAGACCCUAUGUUCAUUUAACAAUUAUUUAUUGAGCACUCUUUCAUACCAAGUGUUGUUCUGGGUGCAGAUGAGGUGGUUCUAUUGUAGGGCAACAGGCAAUAAAAGGUAGACAUAUAAACAAGAACAAAAAAAUGUUUUUGCAGUACUGGGGGUUGAACCCAGGGACGCUCUACCACUGAGCUACAUCCCCAGGCUUGUUUAUUUUUAUUUUUUUGGUACAAGGAAUUGAAUCCUGGGGUACUUAACUGUGGAGCCAUAUCUCCAGCUCUUUUUUAUAUUUUAUUUAGAGAUAGGGUCUCACUAAGUUGCUUAAGGCCUUGCUAAGUUGCUGAGGCUAGCUUUGAACUUGUAAUCCUCCUGCCUCAGCCUCCCAAACCACUGGGAUUAAUGGUGUGUGCCACCACACCUGGCUCCCAGCCUUUUUUAUUUUGAGUCAAGGUUUCUCUAAAUAGCCCCAGCUUGCCUUGAACUUGUUAGCCUCCUGAGUUACUGGAAUUACAAUUAUGUGUCCCCAUGCCCAGCAUAUAAAGAAAACCAAAUAGGUUGAUGUGCUAUAGAAUGACUAGAAGGGAAUAGUUAAUACAGUUUGAGUGGACAGAAAAGGUUCCUGAAUAUUUGAGCAUGAGUUACUUGGAAGAUUUAGAAGGAAUAUUCAGAUAACACCCUCAAUAGAUGCAAAAGACUUGAGGUAGCAACAACUUUGGAGUGUCUAAGGAACUGAACAUAAAGCUACAGCAUGGUAAGGAGUAAAGUGAUCUAAAGUUAUGAAAAGGCAUAGAAAGGGGUAGAUCACAUGGUCAUGGAAAUGAGCUUGUAUUUUUUCAAAAGCACAAUGAAAAUCUAUUGGAAAGUAGUAUGUAGGAGACGACACCUAAUUUGCAUUUUUCAAGUCAGUCUGGCUGUUCUACGGUGGACUGAUGGUAGAAAAGCCAGAGUAUCAAGAGGAAGAUCUAUUUGGGUCCAGUUGAGAUAAUUCAGGGAAGGGAUGAUGAAGCGUGGACUAGGAUAAAGCGGAGAUGGGAGAAUUAACAGAUUUAAGACAUAUUCUGGCCAGGUGUGGGUGGUGGCAUAUACUUGUAAUUCUAGUGACUCUGGAGGCUGAGGUAGGAUAAUUCUAGUGACUCUGGAGGCUGAGGUAGGAGGAUUGCAAGUUGGAGGCCAACCUCAGCAAUUUACCAAGACCCUGUCUCAAAAAAUAAGGGCUGGGGAUGUAGGCCAGCAGUAAAGCAUCCCUGGGUUCAAUUUCCACUACCAAAACCCAACAAAACUCUGAAGGAAAUCUGUAGGACUGAUGGAUCAGAUGCAGAUAGUAAAGGGAGAGGAAGAAUCUGGGAUGACUCCCAGAUUUGAGGUAAACAAGCAACUGGGUUGAUCAUGGUAUUAUUAGCCAAGAUAGAAAAUUUGACUGAGCAAGAAGUUGGAGGUAAGGAAUCAAGAGUCCAACAUCUUUGAUCAGUAUUAGUUGUGUGAUUGCAUGCUAUCCCAGGGCAAGCCUGUCUGGUAAGCCUUACGUUAGAGUAUGGCAGAGCUAAAGGCUUACAUGACUUUUUCUCCUUGAACCCAGACACCAAAAUUUAAUAGGUGCAACUUAGCUUCCUCAAUUCAUGGCUAGGUUUCAACUCCAGGGUGGGAGGAAAUGCAAGCAUAAGUACAAACAGAGUAUCUCACAGUUGAUUGAGGUGCAAGUAAUGUCCUUUAAUAAACCAUGGGCAGAGAGGCAAAUGCUCCCACUUUUUUUCAGAA